GGUUCCAGACAAGCUAGUGUAAUGUGUGGUUUUCUGUAAAAGAGAGACAUAUCGGAUUCUUCACAGUGCACUGCGAUUUAGAAGGUUGUGGCCAAGGCCGACUACUAGGCCGCCGCCAGCCUCUUGACUCUCCUAGAUGCGUGGAAACCCGACCUCCACCCGCCCGAAGACAUGGCAGAUGAAUAAUCGAAAAAUCAAAGAGAGUGGGAAUCAAACCAGAAUCACAAGGAAUACCAACUCUUUCCCCCACCACUCUCCAACUACCGUGCUACGCGUUAUUCCAAUGUGUCUUUUCAUAGACAGUAGUGCAGAGGUGUUCCCUUAUCAAUAAUGGCUACAGACAGACAGACAGACAAGCAGCUAUCUUUGAACUUUUAUUAUUAUUUCAAUUUUUCAACGGAAAAACAAGCAUAUGUAAUGUGUGGUUUUCUCUUCACGACGCAUUGCGAUUUUGAACGCUUCUCUUCUCGUUGUUGUUUAUCGUCGUUUACAGGCAUCUAAUAUAGCAAGCCAACCAAUUUUACAUCAUGUAUGAUGGACCAAUCGACUAGCGAAAAUGUUCAACGACUUCCUGCAACUGAUGAUGAGUUUGGAGGUGUUGUGGUGGAGAUGAAGGAGCAUAUGGAUUCUGAUGUCUUUCGUACACUGCUGAAAGCUUCAAUGUCACAGUGGAAAUUGCAGGGCAAGAAAGGCGUCUGGAUUAAACUGCCAAUUCAUCUUUCAAAUCUUGUUGACACUGUAGUUAAGGAGGGUUUUGAGUAUCACCAUGCGGAACCCAAAUACCUGAUGCUUCUCUGCUGGAUUCCUAAAACUAAUAAUCCCAUCCCUGCAAAUGCUUCGCAUAUUGUACGAGUUGGCGCUAUCGUCUUAAAUGAUAAGGGAGAGAUGCUUGUUGUCCAGGAGAAGAUGGGGAUAUUACGGGGACUUUGGAAAAUUUCUACUGGAACCGUUCACCAGGGUGAGGAUAUUACUGCAGGGGUGAUUAGAGAAGUCAAAGAAGAGACUGGAAUAGAUACAGAGUUUGUUGAAGUACUAGCAUUCAGUCAAGAGCACAACGUGUUCUUUGGAAAAUCAGAGGUAUUAUUCCUGUGCAUGAUGUGCCCGCUGUCGUUUGAGAUCCAAAUACAAGAAACAGAAAUUGAAGCAGCCCGGUGGAUGCCGUUGGAGGAUUAUGAAGCUCAACUUUCGGUUCAAGAACAAGUUUUAAGAAAGUACAUUAUCGAAUUAUGCAAAGCAAAAGUCGAGAGGGGAUACUCUGGAUUCUCUCCAUCCCCGGUAACAACCGAUUCAAAUGGUAAUCCAAGUUUUAUUUAUUUUAACAAAGAAGAUCUAAAUAAAAAAAUAUUAGAUAAUUCUGUAAAUCAAGUGUAAAUUAUUCAUCUAAUUUCCUUGUUUGAUUUGCCCUAAAGGCAUACUUGAACAAAAUGCAAUGUACCAUUCAGAAUAAUUUAAUUUUCUAUUAGAUCUUUGUUUAAAUAAAUAAAACUUGGAUCACCGAAUCAUCGGUGAUCCAAGUUUUAUUUAUUUCAACAAAGAAGAUAUAAAUACAAAAUUAAAUAAUUCUGAAAAUCAAGUGUAAAUUAUUCAUCUAAUUUCCUUGUUUGAUUUGUAAUUUGUGUAUAAUAGACCUAAGGGCAUACUCUAAUAAAAUGCAGUGUACCUUUCAGUUUUA